AUGGGAGUGAUAAUUGGUACUGUCGACUCUGGAAUUAAACGCAAUCAUGUCUCCUUUCGUGAUGACGGAGUACCUCCUCCCCCUUCACACUGGAAAGGCGUUUCUGGUUGCAACAAUAAGAUAAUUGGUAUAAGAGACUACACUCCUACUAGAGGAGUAAACAAUGGAGAAGAUUUGGAGGGCCAUGGGACACACGUGGCAUCUUUGGCAUCCGGAAACUUUGUUCACGAUGCGCAUGUGAUGGCAAUGAAUAACUCCUUUAACGGUGUACAUUUGGCCAAACAAGCUGGUGGCAUUGCUGCGGGAACGGCUCCCCUCUCACAUCUUGCUAUUUACAAGGUGGAAGUUGAUGCUCAUAAUAAGAAUUCCCCCAGGCAAAUCGCAAAAGCCAUUGAUGAUGCCGUUAAUGAUGGCGUUCAGAUCAUCAAUCUCUCCAAUGGGUUUAUGCCCGAUAAACAAAUGGAUUUCUACAAUGAUCCUAUUGCGAUAAGCUCAUACAGGGCUUGUCAAAAUGGAGUUUUGGUUGUUACUGCUGCGGGCAAUGAAGGCCCGGGAGAUUCCACAUGCUCAAAUGGGUAUCCAUGGGUGCUCACUGUCGGGGCGGGUACCAUUGACCGCAAAAUUAGAACGUCCAUUCAUUUUGGAGAUGGCCAAUUCAUAUACGGGGAAUCGAUAUCGACCUUUGUCGGCCCAUCGUAUAUGCCUGUGUGCUACGUAACAAAAGGUAUCACUUUCAUGGAAAAGUUGUCUUGUGUGAACAAUACGAAGCUAUAG